UUAUCAAAACCGAUACACAAACGAAAUGCGACUGUACGCAUAGGCCAUCACUAACAACACCAACAAAAAAAACGGCGACGAUUUUAUUGGCAAUUAUUUUUGUAACUAUAAAAGCCAGCGGGAUAAUUGAGCGUGUGCCGUGCCGAAGACGGAGCGCGGCGUUGAGUAACCAACCGACCGAACCAGUGACCAGCGAUACCGCAAUAGCACCAACGGCGCUAUGAGCGUGCUGGCGUAUCCACGUACAAACGACGAGGAGAUUUUCCGUCAAUGCACCAAGGACUGUGGCGUGGUGACGGCCACAGAUGACUUCCAGUACUUCGCCCUGCGAUGCGUGGUCUGCAGCGAGAAGUUCCGCUACUUCGACUCCUUCAUCGGGCACAUGCAAACGGUGCAUCUGGGCGACCAUCCCGACUCGGAUGCAAACGCUCCCCCAUUCAGACUGGGUGAGCCCGUAUCACUGUCCUCCCACGACCGGGGCAGCAACGGGGAUCUGGCAAACUUCCAUGAGAUCGAAGACUUGACGGACGCCGAUACGGCACUGCUGGAGCCGCAAAUGGUUAUCAAACAGGAGCUGCAGGAUUUGCCCUGCAGUGAUGAUGACAUGGCCGAGGACUACGACGACGAUGACGACGACAGGCUGCCAGGAUCCGAGGCGAACGAGGAGGACGACGGAGAUGAGGAGACCAUUCUGCCGGAGAGCUCUGUUCCGGUGGUGAGCGCAAAACCGAAAACCAGGAUGAAGGUCACCAAGCGACGCCAGCGACUGGAUUUGAAGAAUGAGCCGCUACUGGACGUGAAAAACGAACCGCUACUGGUUGAGGGGGAGUCCUCCCUUGACGACUACGACUCUCAAAUGAUGGACGAUAACUCGGGCGAGUACAUGGACUACAGUGGGGUGGAGGAGACGAGCCAUGGAGCCGAAGGCGACUUCCUCAACUACGACGAAAUGGUCGAGGAGUCUCUGCUGGGGCGGGAGAGAGGAGUAACGAUGCACAUCAAAGACCGGAAGAUGAUCAAGUUCCUGAUCCAGUCGUACAAGCGUAAUCCCUUCCUCUGGGAUCACGGCAAUCCGCAGUUCCGGGAUAGGGUGAAACGCGCUCGCUUCCUCGACUGGAUCGUGCUGGAGUUCAAGAGCCGCUUCAACAUCGCCCUGGCCAAGGACGCCAUCACCCGAAAGUGGGACAACCUGAGAACGGUGUACAAGCGCGAGUGCAAUCGCAUGGCCCUGGAGAAGACGAACGUCAGUACGCUGUGGUACUUUAGGGAGCUGCUCUUCCUCAACGACGUCUACAGCUACACCGAUAAGAUGGCCAAGACGGUGGUGAAGGAGACGAACUAUCGCCGCCGGUUCUCGGCCAUUUGGAGCGACACCUCAACGUCCAGACUACUCACCAUGGUGAAGCGGUAUCAGUGCUUCUACAAUCGCUUCGAUCCCGACUAUCGCAGCAAGGAGCGGCGCGGCGAAGGCCUCCACCAGAUGGCCGUGGAGCUGCAGGAGCUGAUCGACGUGUCCACCAUCCAGAUCUCGAAAAGAAUUUCGCAGCUGCGCUUCGAUUACUCCAAGCAGAAGAUGGAGCGCCUCAAUUGCGAGCGGCAGGGGCGUCCGUUCACUUCCAAGUACAUCUACUACGACCAAAUGCACUUCAUGGACGAGGACAUACCGCCGUUUAAGUGCCAGCACUGUCCGGAGAUCGUCCAGACGCUGCGAGAGCUGGAUCUGCAUCUGCUGAACCACCAGCCAAGCCUGGGUGGCGGCUACUACUGCCACAUCUGCGCCAUCCAGUUCGCCAGCUCCGAGGAGUUCGACAGCCACAAGCAACUGCAUCUGGGCGUGGGCUCGGACGUCCGAUUCAACUGCGAACUGUGCACGGCCAGCUUCCGGGAGAAGGCCAACUACGACGAGCAUCUGCGCCGGCACAACGAGGAGCUGUUCCUGCCCUCGCUGGCCCUCAAUCACAGCAUCAUUGAAGGCGGCGGCGACGACGAGCCGGAGAGUACGAAGCUAACGCCGGCAGGCACUGGACGACGCGGUAGACCAUCGGGAUCGGCUUCGAAGUCUGCCAUGGAGGUGUCCGACGAUCAGGAUGCGGUUGGCGGGGAUGGAGGCAAGCCGUAUGGUUGCGAGGUGUGCCGCCGAAGCUUCGCCACGCCCGGCCAUCUGAACGCCCAUCGGAUCGUGCACCAGGACGAGCGCGAACGCUGCUACAAGUGCGACUAUCCGCAGUGCAACAAAUCCUUUGUGGCGCGCAACAGCCUCUUCGAGCACCUGAAACAGCACUACAGCAACGAGGAGUUCAAGUGCGACAUCUGCGGCAAGACCUUCAAGUCCACGAAGAAUCUGCAGAACCACAAGCAGAUCCACGACAAGGUUAAGCGCUAUGUCUGUCAGAUCUGUGGCUCAGCGUUCGCCCAGGCAGCCGGCCUCUAUCUUCACAAGCGGCGGCACAACCGUCCCAACGGUGUCGUGGGCGCUGUGGGCCGUUCAGGCCGGACCACCCUGUGAGAUAGGGCGGAUCGGGAGGGCGGCGAUCGGUCCGGGUCCAAACGGGACCGGAUAGCGGGUCGUGGAAGAGGACGGGGCCGUGGCCGGGGUCGAGGUCGUGGUCGCCAUGUGAAAUAGUCCUGUAAGUGCAACUCACGCAAUGUCAUGGCCCGGGAAUGAGGGCAGCUAGAAGGCACCUCGUGUGUCCCACUCACUCAAUGGUCAGCCCUGUUUGAGUUUCUAUAUUUUUUUCGUAGCCAACAAGAUCUUACUUUUAAACACUAUUUUAAAUCAAAUGUCCAACCUGACCGCAUGUAUUAUUGUAUUUAAGCCUCAAGACUUAUUGUUUAAUCAAUGUUUUUAUCCCGCAACUUCUCAGGGCUGGCUGUAUGUAUUAUUUUAUUUAACAUUUUAAUGUAAUUAACUAUAACUAUAACUAUAACUGUAACCCUGACUAGGGUUAGUUAAGUUCUAGGCGUAGUCCUAAGCGAAUUACUUACCUGUAGUAGUACUUAAUGCGAAAAAAAAGUAUUUAACAAUGCAACCUAGGAUUAAAGUAGAUCAAAUGGCACUGAUCAUCCAGUUUCCCCCCCGAACACUUCCAAAAUGAAAGGGAUGGGUGGAUGGAGAGCACGCUAGCCAGAAAGAGAUAGAGAGUAGUGGAGGAGGAGGAUUACUUGACCCGUGCCAAUUUCGAACGUAGUGUGUAAGAAUUGCAGACAUUCCUCCCCGUCCGCCCCAAUAACAUUCCAUACUGAGUAUUCUAAUUAGUAUUCCAUGUGCUAACUAAACCGUAUAUAAUAGAUAUAUAUAUGUAUAUUCCGAGGAAGCCAGACGCCCCAAGCCACAAGCCACAAACCACUCAAUGGGAAGGUAAUUAACAGCAAUAACUAAGUUACCAAGUUACUAAGCCACUGGAAAAUGAUAGUUUUAAGAUCCGAAAACAGUGCGAGUAGAGCCGUAGGGACACACUCUUAUAAGUAUUCUUUAAAACAAAUGUGUAAUCUAAACUGUAAACUGUAACCUGUCCUUAUAGCCCUGAAACGUACUGUCCGCGAACGACUGAAUCUGAAAAGGCACUUUCGAGGAGAUCGCACUCGUAACUCGUAACUCGUAUCUGUAAAUAGAAAUUAAUUAAAUUUUGUAACCUGAUCCGGCAUUCAAGAAUGAGGAAUACUUAGUGGUAAGAAGCCCAGAUGUCAAGCAGACUCCAAAAGAAGCUCCAUUUAGGCGUAAGUUCCAUCAUCUAGCACAAUUUCCACUCAUGCCAGACACUCAGCCCUAAUCCUAAGAGCAGCUAAGACGAAAUACUAAUUCUUAUCCCAAGAAAGCGCCACCUGAUAACACCAGAGAGAAGUUUGUGAAAUAGUUAACAGGAGGAACCCCUCCCAGGAGGAUCUCCUCCCCAGUCACAAGGAUCACAAGAAUCGUAACAAAAAGUGCGCUUCCAGAAGAGUCAGAAAGUCAAAAAAAAACCUUAAAAUGCCACUUAAGAAGCGUCUUCGAAGAAUGUAAAUCACAAAUCACAAUUCUAAUUUAUAUCCUAGCAAUACCGAAUGAGAUUUUAGUACUAUACGAUCUAUAUACAUAAUUAUACACCCCACAACACACGUAUUCGGAAGGCCCUCGAAUAAAUAGGUUUAAACGAUUAAAAAGCAAAAAAAAACAAGGAA